AUGGGUAAGUAUCAAACGCAAGAGACUUCGGUCGAGCAAGAAUUCGCCAAGCUGGCAGUCCAGCUGGUUCAAACGGCUGAUGACACCAUUCGAUGCCUUAAGAGCUUAUAUCGAAAUCUUGCCAAGUUUGACAGCUGUCAUGGUCUACGUUUUCGUCGUAAAUCCAAAAAAUUUAUGCGGAGCGACAUUCGAGUCGUAAAAGAUUUGACUAUUGACUUGCGGUAUGUAGCUAAACGUAUACGCAGAAACAAAUCACCCACAAGGUCGGAGAUUAAUGCCGCUCGGAUCAGUAUGAAUGCCAUCGCUGGUGCUUUGAACGACUUAAAACAGGCGGGGCGCGUGUUUGACCAAAAUAACAGUUUGUCAGGGGAUACUUCGGGAAGAAGUGUUGACAAUUUAGCUGAUAGUGACGAUGAAAAAAGUGUAGAGGACAAUGAAAAACUCUUUGGUUGUAGGGCGAAUGAAAAGUUGAAGGUUAAAAGUAAGAGCGACGGCUAUUCUUUAGAGUCAACCGACAUGGUCGAGUCAGUGGUGCGAUUGACUUUGCACGAUAGCUUUAACGGUUUUCAUGCUCUGAAGCAGCAAAUUAGAGCGACAGAAUCCGCCAUAUCACCGUCAAUUGCAACUCGCGCUAAAAAUGCCGUGGUUGACGCGGUUAGCAGAGUGAUUGGCACUCCUUGCGAUGACAACCAAAAUGAGCACACAUAA